AUGUCCACCGCUGCCCCAUCCUCUACGCCCACGGCACCCUACCUCGCCGAACACGCCACCCUCGCCGGCCCCGGCGACGCCCGCCCAACCGCCCUCCGCAUCGUUGACGACGACAACCUGCGCGGUGCCCUCCACGACAAAGUCAUGCUAGUCACGGGCGCCACGGGCGGGCUCGGCGUGGAGACGGUGCGGGCGCUUGCGGCGACGGGGGCGCGGGUGUUCAUGACUGCCAGAGAUAAAGAGAGGGGGGAGGAGGUGCGGAAGGACAUAGUCAAGCGACUGGAGAGGAUUGUUGAGGCGCCAAGGGUCGAGGUUGUGGAGAUGGAGUUGGGGAGGCUGGAGAGUGUGAGGAAGGCGGCGGAGGAGGUUAAAGGGAGGACGGAGAGGUUGGAUGUGUUGGUUUGUAAUGCUGGCGUUAUGGCCUGCCCCGAAUCCCGCACCCACGACGGCUUCGAAACCCAGUUCGGCACCAACCACCUUGCGCACUUCCUCCUCUUCCAGCUCCUCAAGCCCCUCCUCCUCUCCUCCAGCAGCCCGACCUCCGCCUCGCGCGUCAUCAUGGUCUCCUCGCGCGGCCACCGCAGCAAGCCCGUCCAGCUCGACGACCUCGACUUCUCCAAAGCGGGCUACAGCCCCUGGGCUGCAUACGGCCAAUCCAAAACCGCAAACAUCUGGAUGGCGAAUCAGAUCGAGCGGGCGUACGGCGGACGCGGGCUGCACGCGCUCUCGCUCGACCCCGGCGGCAUCGCCACCGGGCUGCAGAAGCACAUGGAUCCCGCCAUUACCGAGCGGUUUGGCAAGGACCCGGAGAUUGCCCGGUUCUCGAAGAGUACAGAGCAGGGCGCUGCGACGACUGUCUGGGCGGCGGUCGGGAAGGUGUGGGAGGGGCGCGGAGGGAAGUAUCUUGAGGACUGCAAGGAGUCGCAGCCGAGGAAGGCGGGAGGGGCGAGUCCGCAGGAUGAGGGGUACGCGCCUUGGGCGUUUGAUGAGGAGGGGGAGAGGCGGUUGUGGGAGGUUAGUUGUAAGCUGGUGGGUGUGGAGGAUUGA